AUGGUUCGUCGAUGGGUUCCCCACCAUCAAUCGUUUAGAGUUAGCCAACAUCUGGUGCCUUUCAAUGUGCAGGAUGUGUUCAGGACUUUAGGGUUAGGAGUAGGGGGUUUGGAAGUUCCUUUUGAUGAAUCAGUUGUAGGUAAUGAUGAUAGUGAGGUAGAUGUGGUGUGUCGCUUGUAUGUAUUAGUUUGUUUUGUGGUGUUCUUUUUUCCCAGGAAGGCAAGAUAUGUGUCGAACAUGCCUUGUUUAGUCUUAGAUGACUUAGACAGUUUGUCUAGUUAUGAUUGGAGUAGUGCUGUACAUACAUAUCUUGUAGAUAGUCUAAAUAGAUGUAAUAAGAAACUACUUUCUGGAUGGAUUGCUGAUUCAUUGAGCAUAAGUGGGAAUGCUGUUGUUUUGCAGCUGUGGGCGUAUGAACGACUUGGUUUGCAUGAUGAUUGUUCUGCCAAGGAAUUUCCGCGCGUACAAUUUGAUUGGUACCUCAGUGAGAAUGAUUGUUUAAAUCCCAUCAUACGUCGUGCUUUCAAUUUGGAUGAGGGAUUGAGGCGUGAAGGUUCCAAGCGUGAAGAAAAAGUAGCUGAAAAUGAAUAUGAUGAAAAUUGGCUAUUAGCCACUUUGGAAAAACUGAGAACAAACAACGCCAAGAUAAGAAAAGUCAGAGAUGAAAUUGCGGCUGUUAGGAAGGUACUUGGUCAUCGUCUGAAGUAUCGAAAGGUGGAACAAUCUCCUUCAUUUCAUGAACAACCUGCAGAUGAAAAACAUGAAGAACCUGCAGAUGAAGAAGAUGAACAACCUGCAGAUGACAAACCUGCUUCUACAACUGUUGAAGAAGAAGAACGAGUACCCCUUCAGCAUCCACAACUUUUGACUGACAUUGGCGAUGGUGUUCAUCAUGGCGAAGGAGAUGUCGUUCUACAACCAUUUUGUUCAGGUCCGGAAGGUGUUGGUGAUGUUGAAGUGGUGGAUUUGGAUAUGUUGUACCACGCAAUUAAGCAAAGAGACAUUCCACGGAGGUACGUCUCUGAAAUUAUGUAUCAACUGUUGAGCACAAGUGAAUGUAGCUCUUUAGGGCCAAGGCAAUGUGUAGACAACAUGGCUUUAAUUUUUGCAGCAACAAUGUUCAUGUACUUUGAGAGAAGGUUGACUGGAGUCAUAAAGAGGAUUGUAUUCAGUCCUAUGUUUGGGGUGUUCAUCCCAAUUGUAAGUGAUGGUCAUUGGUGGUGUUAUGCACUGAAGGUCUGCACUUUUCAGUUUUAUGUCAUAGACUCACUUGCCAAUGGUAUCAAAGGACGUUGUCGGAUUGAUAGAAGCAUUGCUCAAAAUAUUCAACGCUUUUGGGGUUUGUUGACGGAUAAACUUGAAGUUUCUAAGUGUGCUUUGUUAGUUGAGAAAGCCAACAUCCCAGUCCAACCAAACACAUACGAUUGUGGUGUAAUCAUGAUGAAAGCUAUUGUCACCGGGAUGGAGAGGAGAAAUAUGAUGGGAAAAGCAUGCCUGAUUAUACAAAUGAAGAGUUGGCUGCGUUUAGGAAAACGUAUAUGUGACUGGAUCCUCGACGAGGACAACGUCCGAAGAUUGGAGACGCUGCAACAUUUUGGAUUACUGUAG